AUGAUCACGAGACUACUGAGAAUUGCUACAGGCGCUGCGAUGACUGAACAGGUCUUCGAUGUACACGCCAAUCACAGAAUCAGUCGUCUCUUACGGCACUUGCUCAGCGAUCAAAGCCGAAUUGCUCGCUGCCGAUUGAUGAGCACCGCCGCAGCGUUUGAGUCGGGGGAGCGCACUCCUCAUACGGCGCCCUCGCACGACCCUGUGGCGUAUAUCGCACUAGACAUCGCCCGAUUCCGGAUCGUCCUCAAUAUCAACUCAUGCUGCACAGACCGGAAUCGGCCUCAAUAUUAA